AUAAGCCGCACUGCUGAAAGCCGUACCGUGUGCUGACUGCUGUGUGAUACAUUACUCAACAAUUAGAAAUUCUAUUUAGUAUUUAUUAUUAUUUAACAUACUUUAUUGUUAUUGUUAUUUUUUUAGUGUAGAAAAUUCACUCGAGUUCCAUACUUAUUACUUUCAUCACUGUAGAAAACCCUCAUCCCGAGUUUUUUAUAUCUGCAGUUUUAAUAUUUAAUACAAGUUAGCGCUAGAAAUCAUUUUUAAUGUCAGAACUACAGUCUGCGCUAUUAUUAAAAAAACAACUUACUGAAUUACACAAGAAUCCAGUAGAAGGGUUUUCUGCUGGUCUUAUAGAUGACAACGAUAUAUACAAAUGGGAAGUUCUCAUCAUCGGACCUCCAGACACGUUGUAUGAAGGUGGAUUUUUCAAAGCUCAUCUAAACUUUCCAAAAGAAUAUCCAUUAAGGCCUCCAAAAAUGAAAUUUGUUACAGAAAUAUGGCAUCCUAAUAUCGAUAAAAAUGGUGAUGUUUGCAUAUCAAUACUUCAUGAACCUGGCGAUGAUAAAUGGGGUUAUGAAAAAGCAAGUGAACGUUGGUUACCUGUGCAUACUGUUGAGACAAUACUAAUAUCGGUAAUAUCAAUGUUAGCCGAUCCUAACGAUGAAAGUCCGGCUAACGUAGAUGCUGCUAAAGAUUGGCGUGAAAACUAUCCAGAAUUCAAGCGCAAAGUUGCACGUUGUGUGCGUAAAAGUCAAGAGGAUAUCUAAUAACAACUUUGCCAGUUGCUCUAUGCACUGUGUUACCAACAUAUAAAUCAUUAAUUGAUGCCAGGGUAACAAAAAACUAGAGCAACAAACAACAUUUUAUACAAUGUGAUUUUUAAUGUAAGUGUUUUUUUUCAAGUCCCUAAUAAAAUAUUCAAUAACUAUCAUUGAUAUUUGUAUUUUGAAAAGUUAGGCAAAUAAAUUUUUCAUGAAUUAUAUUAUAUAAUUUUACUAUUAGUUAUUAUUUUUAAAAAAUCGAUCAAAUAGAAUCAACACCAGCUUGUCUAAUUAUUUUCAAUAAAAUGAUUAACAUUAUUCAAAUAAUAGUCUGCCCAAAGUAUUAUAUUUUCCUCAUUGUGUUCAAGUGAAUUUAUUUUAGCAGGAUCAUUAUUUAUUCUCUUUAGUUUACUUUAAAAUUAUAUGUUAUGUAUGAUGAAGUUUCAGUUUUUUGUUAACUUCAAUUAAUACUCUGUCCGUUACUACAUGCUGCGCCGUAGAUAUAUUCAUUUUAAACUCAUUCGUUUAAGUAAUCAAUAAAAAAAAAAUGUAUUAUUUUAAUUUAAAUACAAUUAAAUAUUUGUACAAGGGUACAGUGCCGAGUCUUCUCAGCUAGUGUAAAUAAUCUAAAAUAAGUUGUAAUGUAUUGUGUAAAAAAAGAAAAUUAUAAUAAUAAAUAAUAUACAGUUAUGUGUGGUUA